AUCGAGAACUUCCAAAUUUUAUUUGUUUAAGGAAAGUGGUAUAGAUUAGAAAGAAGGAAGAAGGAAAAAAAGAAGAAGAAACAUAGAAAAGAAAAAGUUUAUAACCCUAAAUCUCCAAAUUUCGUUCCGUAGAAUUUGCUAGGGAAAUUUCAUCUUCCUCUACAAAUUACAGAUUACAGAUUUCAUACCAGUUCUGUUUCUAUCUUAAAAACUCCGAUUUUGAAUUUCGUAUUUCCAGCAUCAAUUCAAGUGAGUUCUCGAGGAAAGAAAUUGAAGAAUUUUUUCGACGAUUUUAAAAAAGUUGAAGGUUUGUUUAGGACUAAUCUAACUAUAAGUUAUAAGAUUCAAAGUUUUGUAGUUUAGCAACGAAUAUUUGAGUAAGAAAUAUUCAAUUUAAUUCACUAGUAUUAUGCGAGCUCAAAUAAAUAUGAAUUCCAGAUUUUGGGGGUUCAAUUGAAUCCAAUGAAACUCCCUUGGAUACGCCACUGGAUCAAAUAGUAGAUAAUUGAUCAAAAAUUUGGGGUGUUUGUUUUUAAUUAGGAUUUUUGGGGAUUUUAUUGGGUUUAAGUAGAGUAGCUGAGUAUAAUAUUUGAAACUUUUUAGGGUUUUCUAUCAAGUAUAAUCUUUGCUUGGGUGGGUUUUUUGAAUUUGGAUUGUGGAAUUGAGUAUCUGGGUUUGUUUGAAGAAAUUGUGAGGCUAAUUGAGAAUUUGGGCUAUGGCUUCUUACCGGCCGUACCCUCCUCCUCCACAACAGCAAUCAUUUCCACCUCCACCUCCAGCUCAAAACCCGCUUCCGCCACCGCCACCCAGACCGCAAUCCCAUGGGAAUCAGUACCCUCAGAAUUGGGGUUCUGCCUCAGCUCCUUAUACUCAAAAUUAUACACAAGUGGCUCCCAAUACUAAUUUCCAGCAUUCUGGCUAUAAUUCAGCUACUCAUCAGUACCAACCACCCCCACCACCGCAGCCACAACCGCAGCAAUACCCGUUUCAGCCCCCACCACCUCCACCUGAUUCAUCAUACCCUCCUCCCCCACCGCCUCCUCCAUCGGGUAGCCAAAACUCGGCCAAUGUACAUCAACAGUAUUACCCUUCUUCCCAAUAUUCUCAAUUUAAUCAACAGCAGCCUCCAUUGCAACCACCUCCUCCGCCACCACCCCCUCCACCAUCUUCCCCGCCUCCCAAUUCAUCUGUUCCUCCACCACCACCCCCUCCUUCAUCCCCCCCUCGACCACCUUCUCAAAAUAAAGAGAGUGGGGGAGACAGAGGGAGGCAUGAGAGAGAUAGAAGGGGAUCGAAAGAGGGGAAUAAUCAUACAUCUUCCAGGCAGCAGAAGCCUCCGGUCCCUCCUGUUCCUGUGAAAAAAGCCAAUGGGGCUUCAGGCAGAGUCGAGACAGAAGAGGAAAGGAGGUUGAGGAAGAAGAGGGAAUCAGAGAAGCAAAAGCAAGAGGAGAGGCAUAAACAACACUUGAAAGAGACGCAGAAUCGACAGAAGCAACCCCAGGUUUUGCCUUCUGGAGGGAAAGGUCAUCUGUCAAUUUCAGGGUCAAGGAUAGGUGAGAAACGGGCUGCUCCGGUUUUGGGUGGUGACAGAGAUGAAAACCCGAUGAAGAGACAGACAGCAUUUAUGUGCAGGAUGAAGUUCCGGAAUGAACUGCCUGAUCCGUCUGCCCAGCCAAAGCUUAUGACUUUAAAAAGAGAUAAGGAUAGAUUUACUCGUUAUACUAUCACAUCAUUGGAGAAAAUGCAUAAACCAAAGUUAUACGUUGAGCCUGAUCUUGGCAUUCCACUUGACCUCCUUGAUCUCAGCGUCUACAACCCUCCCAAAGAGAGGUAUCCUCUUGCUCCACAAGAUGAGGAGUUGCUGCGUGAUGAUGACCCAGUGACCCCAUUGAAGAGAGAUGGAAUUAAGAGAAAAGAUCGUCCUAGUGAUCAAGGGGUCUCUUGGCUUGUUAAGACGCAAUAUAUUUCUCCUCUUACCAAUGACGGGACCAAACAGUCAUUGACUGAAAAACAAGCAAAGGAAUUGCGUGAAAUGAGGGAAGGGCGCAACUUUCUGCAAAAUCUUAACAACAGGGAAAGACAAAUCCAGGAAAUCCAAUCAUCAUUUGAGGCUUGCAAAUUACGCCCUGUACACGCAACCAAUAAAAACUUGAGGCCUGUUGAGGUUCUACCAUUGCUUCCUUAUUUUGAUCGUUAUGAUGAGCAGUAUGUCGUCGCCAACUUUGAUGGAGAACCUACAGCUGAUUCAGAGCUGUUCAGCAAAAUGCACAAAUCUGUUCGCAAGGAACUUGAAUCAAGGGCUGUAAUGAAAAGUUUUACUGCAACAAGUUCUGAUCCUGAUAAACCUGAACGAUUUCUGGGAUACAUGGUCCCAUCAACAGAGGAGCUAUCAAAGAGCAUUGAUGAUGAUGACGAUGUCUCGUACUCCUGGGUCCGAGAAUAUAAUUGGGAUGUCAAAGGAGAAGACCCGGAAGAACUCUCAACAUAUUUGGUGUCAUUUGACGAAGAUACUGCUCGCUACUUGCCUCUUCCUACAAAACUUUCAUUGAGAAAAAGGAGAGCAAAGGAGGGAAGGUCCCAUGAAGAUGGGGAGCAGUUUGUUCAGCCAGGCAAGCUUACUGUCAGGCGAAGGGAUUCUACCGCCGUCAUUGAGAGGAAAGAAUCUGUGAACGAUUCAUACUUUAGAUCAGGUCCAUCAAGAUCAGGGAGACCAGAAUCUGAUAUAGAAGAGGAUGAUCAGGAGCGUAUGGACGCUGGGGACCCUGGGGAUGAUCAAAUGGGACAUUACAGUGCCGGGGAAGAUUAUAUAUCUGAAUAAUGGAUCAUUUGUAAACAUAAGUGAAAGCAAAAUAGUAUCACCCAGGAAUGGCUUAUGUCAGAAGAUUUUUGGUAGUCCAAUUUUCCUUUGAUUUUAUGGUAGCGUGUUUUUCCUUUUUUCUGUUCAUCUCAAUAGGUUAGAUAACGACUUGCUUCAGCAAAAGAGGGAGCUUGGGGCACUGUUGAAAGCAGAGUAGAUAGUAGAGAAAAUUUCUGUAUUUAUUUUUCCCAAACAUUAUAGUAAAAUCAAAACGAUCAAAAUACCGGAGUUGAAGGUUUCAUUUUAAAAAAAAUCAUUCUUGUA